AUGGCACAGCCAGGCCCACUCCGAGUACUGGUGAUUGUCUCGCAACGAAGUUCCCAGAUCACAAAAGCCCGCGAGUCCCCUCAAGAUCUCCUCCCACUAGCAAAGCAUGUUUUGAAGAAGAAUGGAUUGUCAAGAGAUCCCGCAAUGCCCGCUGAGACUCGGCUCAUCGCUGUUCAGCAAUGGCGCACCCGUGUCUUCAUAGUCUUUGACAUCGCACAUACAGAUUACAAUGUGAAACUCGGCCAUCUUCCCGAACACAACCAGCUCCCAGUGGUUGUGGCUCAUUUCAGCAAAAAGAGGACGGCCUAUACAGCAAAUUCAUGGGUAUCGCAACGAGUCAACCAUGAUGUCGCCAUGCUCCAUAAUGCCAAUGGGUUCGAUGCAGUCCCGCCUUAUGUGGAGGAUCAUUCGUCGGGAAAGCCACCAUCAUAUCAAAGACCACGGGAUAUCACUAUGUUACGAGUCACGUAUAUCUAA